AUGAUCUAUGGCAAAGAACCGUUGAUUGGAUCCCUCGUAGCUGGGCUCUCAACUAUAGCACCAACGUUCUUUGUGAAUUAUUUGACAGCUGCCUAUGUCACACGUCUGCAUGUAGAUUCUCCUACUGCAACGCCGAAAACCAAACCCAAUCCGUCAACUACACUUACAAUAGAGACAUUCACAUAUUUUGGUCGUCUGCAAGAGACUAAAGUUAAACUCGGCGACCUGAAAGAGUCAAAAUAUCGAUAUCGAUGGAUUACAUGGGUGAGAGAUCCCCAUACAACUGGAAAAAGAGCAUUUUAUAUUGAGAAAGCUUUAAUGAGGAAGACUCCAUAUUUGAAAGCUAUAGUCGACUUGAUAGAAGAGAGAUCAAAGGAUAAAGAAUCUACCAAGCAAUCAGGAUAA